AUGGCAUCAUUAGACCAACUUCCGAAUGAGCUCCUCUCCAGUAUCAAUGGAUACGCGGCAGACUGGGUUGGCCUCGAAAGUCUUUUGCAAAUCUCCACCCAAGUGAGAAACCUUUUCGCAGGUGAUUUCAACAACAAAGUGGACCCUGAAGCCAUUCGCCUGGUUGAGUCAAUCCUGGAGAAGAACCCCAUCAUGGGCCACGAACUACACUGUCACUUCCGCAUGACCAUGGAACUGCGCCAACCUUCCUUGGCGGAUAAGAGUCUCGCCGAAUUUAUGGCUCGGGACUAUUCUCUUUCGCUUAUGACCUCCUCUUCUUCGACAACUCGCGCCGUAUUGCAGGAAAUGAUGAUAGUCGCAGCCAACAUUCAGCGACUAGCAUGCGCUUGCCUAACCACUCUGUUGACCCGGCUUCGGAAGGUUCAACCGCGGCGCUGGGAAGUGCAUUACAAUCCGGUCUCCCACGUUCCCAAAUUGACGGGCACCACCCCAUAUGAGUCACGCGACGCUGGCCCUCCAUCCUGGAUUGAGGAGUAUCGGGUCUACCGCGCGCUAUGGCACCUUCAAUUGUGUUCCGAUCUAUUAGUCGUUGCCGACAGGCUAGGAUGGACCCAAAGUGAUCUGGAGUAUCUGCAGUCUCACCACAUGGACUUGAUUCAAUUGCCUGAUAUAGCUGCGGAUGAGAUCCUCUCCGUCAAGGAAUGUCUAGAGGAUCUAUCGAGUGCCGAUACAGAUUAUACUACACAGCCCUCAGUGGAAUCGAACAGCAGUGAUAUGGCUCUCAUUACAAAGCUACCGAUUGCCACUCAACUAUCCUGCAAAUUCGACGUCUGGUCACCUCCUCUUGCACCUAUACUUUCAGACUACGACGCGGCGGGCAUUCUAAGAGACAUCUGGGGCCGGGGAACCCGGAUGACCAAAAGAAAUUCUAUAGUCAACCUCUGGCGCUCGUGGCAAAUCCGCAGCAGAACCCAUCCUGCCAAAUUUCAGGCAUGCAGCCUCCAGGAUUCCCGUCCAUGGCGCGCACUGGGGAUGCCGUUCUGGGAUCUCUGGCGGUUCUAUGGGCUGGGACUUUGA